AUGGCUCACCAGAGUAUCGCACCUAAGGCCCUGCCGAAACUCCACAUUAGAUGUUUCACAUCAAAACGGUUACAUUCCCAAAAAGAAAUAGCGGCAAGCAGGCAGCCGGAUAAACAACUAGCCCAAACUCUUUGCAAUAUUGCAUAUCGCGUCGACGCCAUAUGCGCAGAGUACGUUGUGCCACCAUCUCAGGCCUGCUUCUACAGGGAUAAUGGUUAG